GGGCGGCAAGGGGAGCGGGCAGGGGGCGGGGCGCGCUCGGGAGCGAACCAAUCAGCGCCCGCCGCGCUCUAUAAAAGGCGGCGCCGCCGGAGCCGCCUCAUUCGCGCCCCUCGCAAUGUCCGAGACCGCGCCCGCCCCCGCCGCUGAGGCAGCGCCCGCCGCGCCCGCCGCCAAGGCCGCCGCCAAGAAGCCGAAGAAGGCGGCGAGCGGCUCCAAAGCCCGCAAGCCCGCGGGGCCCAGCGUCACCGAGCUGAUCACCAAGGCCGUGUCCGCCUCCAAGGAGCGCAAGGGGCUCUCCCUCGCCGCGCUCAAGAAGGCGCUGGCCGCCGGCGGCUACGAUGUGGAGAAGAACAACAGCCGCAUCAAGCUGGGGCUCAAGAGCCUCGUCAGCAAGGGCACCCUGGUGCAGACCAAGGGCACCGGCGCCUCCGGCUCUUUCCGUCUCAACAAGAAGCCGGGAGAAGUUAAGGAAAAAGCCCCGAAGAAAAGGGCGCCUGCAGCCAAGCCCAAGAAGCCGGCGGCCAAGAAGCCCGCCAGCGCUGCCAAGAAGCCCAAGAAGGCGGCGGCGAGCGCUGCCAAGAAGCCCAAGAAGGCGGCGGCGGUGAAGAAGAGCCCCAAGAAGGCCAAGAAGCCGGCGGCAGCAGCGGCCAAGAAAGCAGCGAAGAGCCCCAAGAAAGCCGCCAAGGCAGGGCGCCCCAAAAAGGCAGCGAAGAGCCCGGCUAAGGCGAAGGCGGUGAAGCCCAAAGCAGCCAAGCCUAAAGCAGCCAAACCCAAAGCGGCCAAGGCGAAGAAGGCAGCGCCCAAGAAGAAGUGAGGUGUCUGAGAGGAAUUGAGAGUCUACUCAUUUAAAUAAACCCAAAGGCUCUUUUAAGAGCCACCCACUUACUCUCAAAAAGAGCUGAAACACUAUGGUCAUACACCAGCAAACAAAUCACUUGCAGAUUUCGGUAGGAGUUCACACGGCAUUAAUAAAGUUCAGAUUUGGGGUGCGU